AUGUGCUUGUCACUUAGUCUGCUGGCGCUGUGCGUCUGGCUCUUAAUUAUCGCAACCCCUACGUCGUGCUUCCGCCAGAGUACCGCGGCUCCACGUGACCUGUCUAUCUCGCGGACUGCAGGCGGCAUCGUCCGGCCGUUCGUCGUGUUUUCGGAGAAGCGCCACAAGGAAGCACUUCUGGGGAAAAAGUUCCGCACGGUGGGACGGUCGUCCCAGAAACGGCACUAUCGCCUCGUGGGACGCGGAGGAGGCAUCCCCAGGCUGCACAAGGUCAGCGGCAUGCCCACCAAGCGCAUCGCCCUGCCAGCACGGAGGUGUAUGCUGCUGGGCAAGAUGGACAACACCAAGGCGCGCAGCAUCAGCCACUCCGGCAAACGCACGCACAGAGUGCAGAAGGUCAACCUCCAGUGGAAACGAAUAUGGUGCAUAUCCCGAGGGCACUACGUCCGCCUCCGACUGUCCACGAAGGGGCUGAAGACGAUCAAGCGCUUCGGCCUCGAGGAGGCGGCGCGGAGGUUCAACCUGAACCUCAACAACCCGAAGCUGUUUGGAGGCUACGCGAAUCUGAAGCCGAAGAAACCGAAGAAAAAGAUCGUGGACGAUAACAUGUUCAUGGAGCAAAUACCUAUAGAUAGCUGA